AUGCCUCUGGCACGAUAUCCUGCCUCCUCCUCCCCCCAUCUAUAUGCCUGUCCUCGCAAUUCUAAAGACAACGGCGCUUCCCAGGAUUGUCGACGUAAGUCGUCCCUAACAAAAUCCCUCCAAGCCUUCGCAAGGAAUACAUUUCAUCGCAGGCAACGUCACACAAACGCCGGGGAUUCAAGUUACGGUACGACCCCUGCAACGUCGUUCACGAGCAGCCCAUGUCCACCCAGCCCAGGAGUUUCACAGUUGCGAUCUGAAGGGGCCAUGGCACCCGUAACACACACCAUGGGGAGGGCAUCAUUGAUACCAUGGGCAAAUUCAAGGGAUCAAACCCAAACAUUGAUGGGAGUAACCAGUUCCGUUAAGGAUAGCCCGGGUUUAAACGGAAAGCCAGGGAGCAUGGACCUCCAGCAACCUGGACCAGAGGAACCAAGCAUCUCGCAUAAGAACCCAUCUGAACUACGUCAGACAAACGGAGGAAAACAGCGUGUCAAAUGCGGGACAUUAAAAGAGGGAAGAGCGCAAUCCCAGGUGUCACGAAUUCCAUUGCCCAGUCCCCAACUAGACAGAUAUCCUAGAAGAAAUACAAACGCGGGGCUCCCGCUUCCGAAAUCAACCACGUUUUCUUCCUUUAGUAGCCUAAGACAUGGAUCAUCUUUGUCGCACCACCAAUCACGAUCAAAAAACAAGAGGGCUUCACAUGAACAAUCAGGCCCAGAGCAGCAACAUCAACAGCAGAAGCAAAUAGGGGGAAUGCGGCAGAAACCGACAAAUGCAGCAAACGCACAAAUAGCACAAAUAGCCAAUAAUCCGCCAGCUGGAUCCUUCGGAUCACAGCAUUGUUUUUCUCCCAAGCAACAGCCAUUAUUGGGCCCAAAAGGGCGCUCAUUGCCAAAAAGUCUGACAGCUAUAAACCUGGCAUCAUAUUCUAAACUUCCUGGCUACUCUGCACCCACCGAAAGCUUCAUUAAUCGAUACCAGAGAAAUGCUCGUAGCAAGUACAGUAUCUUUAAUGAUUGUGAAGAUACAGCAUCUUUAAGGAGCUUUAGAGGUCGAAAUAACCCCCCAGAUGCUGCGAUAAAGGAUGCUUGUGUCUCGGAUUUACAGCAGCCAACGAACUUGAGAGAGCAACGCCCAAUGGAGGAACUCAUCUCCCCGUGUCCCUCGCCUAAUAAUGGCGAUGACAUCCAAACCGUCACCACCGCCCAACCACGCCAGUAUUGGUUAGGUCGCUUCUCCACCUUGGUCAAUGCCUUCCACCACGAAGACUCAUUCAAAGAGGAAUCAGACGCGGCCACAGGAUAUGACAGUUCAGCUGCACUAGCAUACUACUAUAUCACUUCAUCCUCCACCGCAACCCUGAACGACCAACGGGCCAAGCGCGCUUUCGAUUUUUUGGAAAACGCCUGCUCAACUGCUGAGGCACGAGUAAGCUUCCUGGAAUUUCGAGACGCCUAUUCAAGAUGUUUUGGUAAUCGGUGGUCCAAGUGGUUCGUGCGUGAUGCUGGUGUUGGUGCUGAUGCUCGUGCUGCUGGAGGGAGGUGGCUGAUAGGAAGCGGAAAUGGAGUGAGGGUGGGACUCUGACAGGCGGUGGUAUUGCCGGCGCCGGAGGGAUUGGAUUGAUGAAUAUGUUUAGGACGGUUCGGAAGAGUUUGGCUUGAGUGGUGCGAUUUGUUUCUUGUUUCUUUUUCUUGGUUUCCAAAUUUCUGUUGAUUUUUGCUUUUGCAAACUAAUACCCCUCAUUGGACGAUUCACGAAAUACUUUGUGAUGUUCAGGAUUUUUAUUUCGCAUAUUUGGUUCGGACCCGAAACGCAAUGAGAGCUAGGGGACAUGGGUUAAUAAAGAUUGGAGUGGAUCUCGUGCUAUUGGGCUUUGCUUUUGCUUUUAUUCCUUUUAGCAUUGCAACGAAAAUCGUUAGUAAAGUCGGGGCUUCAUACACGCGAAUUAGGAUGGAACGGAGGA